GAAAAUUUUCGGAAUUUUCACACAUUUUUCCAAAAGAUAUAAAUGAAAUCUUAAAUUUGUUAAAUUAAUAAAAUAUUAAACUUUGAAAUUAAGUGCUUCUUUAUGAGGGAAUUGGCUAAUAACACCUUGUCAGCAUCAUUUGCGCAAAAAAAAUUGAAUAAUAAUAAGUGAAAAGCGGGUGCAGAGACUGAAGGGCGUAGGAAUCCGUGUUUACAUACAGCCCCUGUUGUCAAAAUACACUUAUCAGAAAGGCCGUAACUUCAAGCGGGAGCUAAAAGAGUUGGUCUCACACUUUCGUAACCCAUAAUCACUCUCAAAGAACGAGUUGGUUCGUAGCAUGCUCGUUUAAUUAUCAGCGUUUAGUGAGCACGUCUGAGCAUAGGGAGCAGAGCGCCAAAAUAAGAAGCAAAAAGCAAGAGUCGCCACCUCAACGCUUGAAAUUUCGUAGCUGUCGCCACUACUAUUCAGUUGUCGUCGCCACUUUGCUCGCACUAAACGUGUCAUAUUGAUACAGAAGCCAUUUAUACAAAAGCAGUCUGAUAACUGCUGCCCAUAAAAAAUAUUACGAAUACAUCGCGAGGAAGUUAACGCAAUUAACAUAUUUUUUCUAAUAUUUCCCAUCUUUUUAUUUAAAUAACACAAUAUGUCCGAAAAAAUCAGCGUUUGCAUUGUAGGCUCCGGAAACUGGGGAUCCGCUAUUGCUAAGAUUGUGGGUAAUAACUGCGCCACUCUGCCUCAAUUUGAAAAAUGUGUUACCAUGUACGUUUAUGAGGAAAUGAUCGAGGGCAAAAAAUUAACUGAAAUCAUAAACACUACCCAUGAAAAUGUUAAAUAUUUGCCAGGACACAAGCUACCAGAAAAUGUGGUCGCUGUACCCGAUCUCAUUGAAGCCUGCAAAAACGCUGACAUACUCAUUUUCGUUGUGCCACAUCAGUUCAUCCCGAACUUCUGCAAAACGCUUUUGGGAAAAAUCAAGCCAAAUGCAGUGGCCAUUUCGCUCAUUAAGGGCUUUGAUAAGGCCGAAGGUGGUGGUAUUGAUCUGAUUUCGCACAUCAUUACCCGUCAUUUGAAGAUUCCCUGCUCCGUAUUGAUGGGCGCCAAUUUGGCCAACGAAGUGGCAUUGGGUAAUUUCUGUGAAACGACAAUUGGCUGCCGCGACAUAAAGUAUGCCAAGCCAUUGCGUGAUCUCUUCCAAGCACCAUACUUCCGUGUGGUUGUGGUCGAGGACUCUGAUGCCGUUGAAGUUUGUGGUGCGCUCAAGAACAUUGUUGCUACCGGCGCUGGUUUCGUCGAUGGUCUGGGCUUGGGUGAUAACACCAAGGCGGCAGUUAUCCGUUUGGGUCUGAUGGAAAUGGUGCGUUUUGUUGAUGUGUUCUAUCCUGGCAGUAAAUUGUCAACAUUCUUCGAAAGUUGCGGCGUUGCUGAUUUGAUUACUACUUGCUAUGGUGGCCGUAACCGACGCGUUGCAGAGGCUUUCGUGAAAACCGGCAAAUCCAUUGAGGAAUUGGAAAAGGAGAUGCUGAAUGGCCAAAAAUUGCAAGGACCACCCACUGCCGAGGAAGUUAACUACAUGCUCAAAAAUAAGGGCUUGGAAGACAAAUUCCCACUCUUCACGGCCAUUCACAAAAUCUGCACAAAUCAAUUGAAAGUUCAAGAUUUGAUUGACUGUAUACGUAACCACCCUGAGCACAUGAUGAAAGUUGGCAAAGGCGAUAAGGGCGGUAAGGGUGGCAAGGGAGGGAAGGCGGCUGGCGCGUGUGCCAAGAAACCCGGUUAUAAGGCGCCAACGCCUUGCUGUCAACCGAAAAGCGGCGAUGACACACAAAAAUGCAAAUUCCAUACAUUCAACUAUCGUGUGACGCCCCUGAAAGCAAAGAAUAUCACUUUCCAUUUGGUGCCCAAGCGCCAGAAGCAAGAAUUCGCCAUUAAGAAUGCCAAUUCGCAUAAUAUGUAUCUCUUCAAUGGCUUCCGUACGCGUUGUGGCAAGGGCUUGCCGCUGGGCAUGCGCGCGUUGUCUGGUGCGAGCAAACCGGUGCGGGCGCUCAAUACCGGACUUGGUGUGUUGGCCACUUUUUGCGCCUACAAAUCGACUAAAACUAAGUGAUGUGGGCUCAGGGCACAAAGUGAAUUUGAAAUUCGAAGUGAUAUCUAUGAGAAGUGAUAUUUAGCACAAAGCAAUAUCUAAAUUAUUAUUAUUACUUAUUAUUUAACUCCAUCAAGUUGAAGUGAUAAACAACAGUUUUUAAAGCUUUCAAUUUGGUGGCGGUAUCAGCAAUGCAAGUUUAGCACAAAAUUUAAGAAAUUCUGGGAAAAAUGUAAACUCUUUCGAAAAGGCAUAAUAAAAUAACAGUAACAGAAAAAUCAUUACAACGAACUGAUAA